AUGAACCCAUAUCCAGACGGUAUUUUGUUCGGCCCCGAUGGCACUGAAGACUCCUCCUUCGAGGACGAGCCGUCUCUUCCGGCUCCCCAACCCCCCAGCUCGCCGCCCCCCGCCGCCUCGCCCCUCCCCGCCGCCUGGGCCCCCCCGGUCAAUGGGUCCAUUGCCGACCUCCUCGACCCGCGUGUGACCAGCGCACAGCUCUCCUCCCCGGCCCCCGGCUUCGUCCCUGCCGCCUCUCCCGCCGCCGCCAAUGGGCCCGGCACCUUCUUCGCCCCUGGUUUCGUCCCUGGCUUCGCGUCGCCCGUCGCCUCGCCCGUCGUCCCUGCUGGUGUUCCUGGUGUUCCUGGUGUUCCUGGGCUCGGUCCUGCUGCCAGUGGCGCUGCCCCUGGCCACGCCUCGUCUUUCGCCUCGCCCGUCGCCCCUGUUGGUGUUCCUGGGCCCGGUCCUGCUGCCCGUGGCCCUGCCCCCGGCCUCGCCUCGCCCUUCGCCUCGCCCUUCGGUUCUGCUGGCGUUUUUGGUCUCGGUCCUGCCGCGCUUGGUCCCGCUUCUCCCCUGGCUGCGGUGCCCGGUCCCGCCCCAGGGUAUCCCGUGGGGUAUUACCAGCACCCCCAUGCCGCCGCCGUCCCGCCUCCCGCGGGUUACUAUGCUGCUGCCGCCGCCGCAGCCACCGGGUUCGCCCCCGGCCAAUUUCCGUUUCCCGGCCCGGCCGAUCAUCCCGCCGUCCCCGUCGCCGACGGCCUGCAGCAGCUGGCUGGUCCCCAGCUCCGACCUGCUGCGCCUGCCCGCCGCCGCGCUGCCACCCGCCCAGCAGCGCCGCCGGUCCCCUCUCCCGUGUUUGCGGACGGCACCAAGAGGUGCACGGUCUGCAAACAAAUCAAGUCGCUAGAGGAGUUCCGGGGCCCGGAGCGCUCGCUGGGGGGCCGCAGCGCGGCCCAGCAGUGCAACGACUGCGCUCGAAGAAAGCGCCAACAUACGCAGGACUACCUGCGAAGGAAGAAGGAGAAGGAGAGGCGGAACGGAGGAGGUGGUGGUGGUCCCGGCCCUGCCGCUGGCGCCGUCGGAGCCUAA